AUGAGUAAGUUUUGUUAUCGGACGGGCCUGCGCUUUGCAGCGCUCAUGUAUCCCUCCCCGCAUGCCAUGCGCGUGGAAGUAUGUGCCCAGUUUCCCGCCUGCGCGCAAAACUGCGGCUCCCUCUUCGAUGCCCAGGGAGGUUGUGUCCACCCUAUCCUUCCCGCCGCCGACGAGGCCACCGCGAACGCCUGCUUCUGUAGCAACGCCGCCGUAGCAAACUUCAAGACGGGCAUCCACAACGUCUGCGACAACAUCUGCAAAGCGUCUGGCGAAGACCAAACCGCUACCCUCGUCACGAUACAAAAUUGGUUCGCCGAUCUCUGCGACACCGAGAAAUUUAGCGCAUCGAACCAGGGCGCCUCGUCGACGUCAAGCACAUCCGGCACCGACGCCGAUACCGGUUCCAGCUCGGGAGGUACCCGUGUCCAGCAGGGCACAGGUGGCACAUGGCUACAAAACCAUCUCCGCUGGGUCAUUAUGGCGGUCGUCAUCGUUGUUGCCAUCAUCGUCAUCUGGAUUGGCGCUUGCAUCUGGCGCCGGUGCUACCUCAAGAAGAAGGAACGGCAGAUGGGCCUUGGGAAGCACCCAGCUCACGCUUCCUGGGGUCCCGGUGCCGCGCCUGCCGAUCAUCAUAGCGUUACAGCUCCGGGCAUGUUCCUGCCUCCUAACCACGGGUCGACGUCGGGGUCCAACAUCGCGAUGGAGAAGAGCUACGCCAGCCCGACGCCGCCGCCGCCGAACGGCCCGCUACAGAACCAACCAAAAAGUGGGUGUCGAGGGAGAACGUAUGACGAGCAACUCGGUCGCCCCUGGAUUAUCUUGAGCGGACGGUCGAAUGGCCGUUGGGAACAACGAAACGAAUACUUUGAUACUUGUGCGAAACAGUGA